GCCAGUGAACUUAAAAGGAGGGAAAAAAGUGCAUUCCGCAGCUGAGCGUGGAAGCAGUGGUAGACUAAAUGUUUUUAGCACGUAUUCUUAAUGUCAGUCACGGCUAAUUUGAGACAGAACAACAGCAACGCCAACAAAACCCACACGUGGUGAGCAUUUGUGCGCGUUUCGUGGAAACAGAAAACUUGUUUUCCCACAUUUUCUUUUCAGUGUUCCUGUAUGACGCACGUGUAUCACAUGGCCGCGUAUCUUGCGAAACCACCUGGCCUGGUAUGAAAAAUGACCAUAAUCCUGCGAUUGGAAGGCCUUGAUGUGAAGGCUGGUACUGAAGAUAUACGGACAUUCUUUAAAUGCCUUCACAUACCAGAUGGUGGCGUGUACAUAGUGGGAGGAAGUCUUAAAGAGGCUUUUAUUGCAUUCACCACUGAGAGAGAUGCGCAGCUUGCCAUGCGGCUCACUGGAAAUGUCCUCAAAGGGUCUAAGGUGACUCUACACAUAAGCAAUAUGGAAGAGCUGGAACACAAAUUAAAGUCAUUGUUAAAGAGAAAGAAACUUUCUCCCAAACCGUUUAAAGCCAAAAGACCUAAGCCAUCUCCAGAUGCAAGUCUGGUACCUUUGAAUUCACAGCCUCAUAAUCCCAAAACAGCAAAUCCAACACCUACCACCGCAUGGCCACUUGAUCCCAACACUGCAAAUCCGUCACAGCCUUGUAACCCCAAAACUGCAGAUGUACCACCUACUACAACAUGGACUCGUGAUCCCAACAGUGCAAAUCUGCCACAGCCUCUUCAUCCUGUUAUUUCAAAUCUACAGCUUGACAACUCGCUUGACUCCAAUACUGCAUUUCUUCUUGGGAUUUGUACCGUCCUCCAAGGUCUCCACUCGUCCCAUCAAAGAGAAAACAAUGGGGCAGUGCCAAAACUUGAUUUCCCCAAGACUGACAGCACAGUUGACGUGUCUGAGGUGAGGGCACCAGAGCAAACUUUGAACUCAAGGCCAGGCUACGUCAGGCUCUUUGGUCUGCCAGCCACAGCUACAAAAGAGGUCAUAUGCCGUUUUUUCAGAGGGUUGACUGUACAGGAAGCCAUAGUGAAUGUCAACUUGGGACUUAAGCAUGGCUGUCUUGUGAAGUUUGCAAACAUGCAGGAUGCGUGUGAUGCUCUCCUGUUCAACCAACAGUCACUGGGCCCCUUCUGUGUGGAGGUACGUGGAGCAUCUGAGAAGAUGUGGACCAGUGCGCUGCAAGAAUGUGAAAAUGCUUUGGAUGUUGGGGAGAGCAUGAAACCCAAGCAAAGCCCUCUUGGGGAAAUGGCAUAUCACAAACAAAGACCCACUUCAGCACUGCGGAUCAGGAGCCGACCUGUCAAAUGGUUGGCAUCUAAAUCGCCAAAAAACCAAAGACCUGACGGUGACUCAACAACCGCCUUAUCACCAACUGUGGAGCAUGUUGUCAUGGUCCGCAAUCUACCCCAAAAGAUGACCAAGACUGAAAUAAAAGAACUGUUUGGAUGUCCAAAUAUUGCACACAAAAACGUUCUACAUCUGCUUGACCAGGAAGGCAACAGAACAGACACAGCUUUUCUUUUUUUUAACCGCAAUGAGGAUUACGACUAUGCAAUGAAUCUCUCGGGCUGCCAUGUGGGCUCUGAUGCCAUUGAGGUCUCGUCAGUCACCAAGAAGAUUAUGACUGACAUGAUGGCCAGAACCAACCCCAGGAGGCUUGCACGCGAUCUGAAGACUGACACAAAGAAGAAACAAAUUCGAAAGAGGAAAUCAGAUCCAGUUGAAACACGAGAAGCACCACCAUGCAUGAACCCGGACCAGGCAGCUCAGACGUGCCUGUUUGUCAGAAACAUGCCCGCAGAUGUACAGAAAAGUCAAUUAAAAGGCCUUUUUUGCAAAUACAAACUUAAAAAGAAUAACAUCACCUUUCUGCGCGACAGUAAUGGAAAAGGUAUUGGUGAGGCUGUGGUACAAUUUAAAUCACAGAAGCUCGCUGAACAGGCUCAAAGGCUCCACGGUCGGGACUUCCUGGGGGCAAAAGUGCUUCUUACCUGCAUAAAUGUGAAGCAGAUGGAGGACAUCUUGGCAAGAAAUGGUUAUGGAAGUUGAACAUUAAUGCUUGAAUAAAGACAAAGAUCUUAAUUUUUUCCAUUAAGUUUGUCUUCUGGUUUGUAAUUCUGCUAGAUUGUAGCAGAUUGUUAAUGUUUUGUACUUAUUGUUUGCACUAUGCUCCGUUACCACUGUUGAGCAUUUUUCACAUUCCCUCUGAACAUAUCUUAAAAUAAAAAUUGUUUUGAGCUCUG